AUGGCAUAUUUCUUGUCGCCAUUAUCGGAGUUGCCCUCGCCAUUGCGAUCAUCAUCAUCGGAUUCAUUCGCCAUACUCGCAUGGUUACUCAUCGCUGGCUACUUCAUCUAUAGAACAGGUAGAGGAGCAGUACAGGGACCAGCCACACAUUAUGUUCUGAUUAUAUGUGGAUCAGGCGGUCAUACAGCUGAGAUGGUCCAGAUGGUUGAACGAAGUAUUCGCCCUGAGAAAUCAUCUCAUCGUCGAUGGGCUAUCGGGAAAGACGACGAGAAGAGCUACGAUAAAAUCCUCGCAUUCGAACAACGUCUGCUUGACCGUUUCACGCGUCACAAUCUGGAUAGCGGAACUUUCGAUAUUGUGCGCUUCGGGCGUGCCCGCUACGUUCACCAAAGCUGGUUCACUACCCCCUUUACUGCGAUUCUGAGCCUUCUUGACAUCAUUGGGAUUCUCUCUACAUCGCCUCGACAGCGACCUAUUCCUACACUGCGAUAUCCUGGAGUCAUCAUAACUAACGGCCCUGGAACUGGGUUCCUCUUCCUUCUUGUUGCCCGAGCGCUUCGAUUCGUUCGCAUUGCACCUGUUAACCAUAUGCGGACGUUAUACGUGGAGAGCUGGGCGCGGGUUAAGUCUUUGAGCUUAACUGGCAAGCUGAUUCGAUCUUUGAAACUUGCCGAUAAAUUCAUCGUGCAGUCCCGUUACUUGACCGAUUCAAAUAACAUACUCGCAGAGAACCUUUUAGUCAUGCCUCAGCAGCCACAAGUCCCCAUUGACGAUUAG